CGCUGCAGCGCCUGUGCCGAAGAUGGGAAGCGCAAUGUAGCUCGCUCAGCGCGGCGGGAGGCGGCGGCGGCUGGCUACAUUUUUUCCUCUGGCAACAUUGUUACCAAGCCAGAGGUUGGGGGAGGGGGAUCUCCGCCUCCCCCUACACACACACACACACACACACACACUUUCGGGGGAGGGGGGGAGAAAGAAAGAAAAAAGAAAGAAACGCGCGGCGGGGGGAGCCUUUCCUAGCCAAGGAGUCCCGCAAGGCGGCUGGAUCCCUUGGUUCUUGGGGGCUGGUGGUGGCGGUGGCGGUGCGGGGUCCAGGGCCUCCCCUCCCCCGCUUUGCACACGCACACACACACACACACUCCUCUCUCACACGCGCGCACACACAGCCCAGCUAGCUUCCCCUCUCCUCCUUCGCCUUCUCCUCCUCGCCGCCGCCGCCGCCGCCUUGCCCAGGGCCCACAUCCGCGCCUCCCCACCCGCUCGCUGGGCAGAGGCGAAGAGGGAGGGGGCGGCCGGCCGAGCGCAUCUCCUUCCCCCCUCCCCAGAGCUUGGAGGGUCGGGCAAGGCCCGGGAGCGGUGGUGGGGGUUGCGUCGGACUCGGCGACGGGGAGGGGAGGCGGGCAGAAGCCGAUGGCUCGUCCGAGGCCUCGAGAAUAUAAAGCCGGGGAUUUGGUAUUCGCCAAGAUGAAGGGCUACCCGCACUGGCCGGCCAGGAUCGAUGAACUCCCUGAAGGAGCAGUGAAACCUCCAGCAAAUAAGUACCCAAUCUUCUUUUUCGGGACUCAUGAAACUGCAUUCUUGGGGCCUAAAGACCUCUUCCCAUACAAAGAAUAUAAAGACAAGUUUGGGAAGUCGAACAAACGAAAAGGAUUUAAUGAAGGCCUGUGGGAAAUAGAAAACAACCCCGGUGUCAAGUUUACUGGAUACCAGGCAAUUCAGCAACAGAGCUCAUCAGAAACUGAAGGAGAGGGAGGGAAUACGGCAGAUGCCAGCAGUGAGGAGGAAGGCGAUCGGGUAGAAGAGGAUGGAAAAGGCAAAAGAAAGAACGAAAAAGCGGGCUCAAAACGGAAAAAAUCCUACACUUCAAAGAAAUCUUCCAAGCAGUCACGGAAAUCUCCCGGAGAUGAAGAUGACAAGGACUGCAAAGAGGAAGAAAAUAAGAGCAGCUCUGAUGCCGGGGAAGCAGGCAACGACACAAGAAAGACCUCUUCAGACUUGCAGAAGACUAGCGAAGGGACUUAACCAACAUAUUGACUGCUGCAUAUUAAGGGAAGACGCCAGAAGGUUACAUGUUUGGUUGUCUAAUAUUCUUGGAUUUGAUAGAAGUCAGCACAUCUGUUCAUCAGCAGCAUCUCUGUUUGUAUGCACAUUUAUUC